AUGGCGUUCAGAUUAAUAUCAUCCUAUUUUCAAACGCGGCAUAUUGACUGUUUCUUUCAAGUUAACCCGAAGAUCCAAGUCAAUAUGAUUGAAAUGCAUCAGAUUAAUGAUGAAUGUGAUAGCGGUUCUCAUUCAGCAAAAACAUUACUUGAUGAAGACAUGCUCCCAAUAAAGAAUGAAUCUGAAUCAAUUCUUUCUCAAAUCAACCAUUUGAAUGAACUGACUGAAUGUGCAUCGGAAGACUUUCACUGCAGUCAUUGCAACGCUGUUCUUACGAAUAAAAAUGAUUUACAUGAACAUGAAUUAAAUCACAAUGCAAAUCAAGUUUCUUGUCAUAUAUGUCAGAAAAUCUUCGCAAAUACGUAUCGUCUUCAACGGCAUAUGCUAAGUCAUGAAGUCGAUCCUCAAACUCGCAAAUUUCGUUGUUUACAUUGUCCGAAAGCAUUCAAAUUCAAACAUCAUUUGAAAGAACACAUUCGUAUUCACACGGGAGAAAAACCAUUCGUUUGUCCGAACUGUAACAAGCGUUUCUCACAUUCGGGAUCCUACUCGUCUCACAUGGCAUCGAAGAAAUGCUGUGCCAAUAGUUCUGAGCUUGAAGAAGGUGAAAUCUUACCGCUGAAAACCGAGCAGAACGCAGGAAAAUCUCUGCCGAUGAACGAACAAUUCGUACAGUAUUACUUUCAUCUUCUACAAAAUCUUAUUUCACAAACUGAACCAUUGGAUUUAUCGAUCAAGAAAUCCAAUGAAUCGCAACUGGAGACCGAAUCAUUAAGUCCAAAUAGUUCAUCAGAAGUCAGUUUUCUUUCGAAUGACGAUCCAUCCAAUACGAAAAGAUUAUCCUGUAAUAUUUGUGAUAAAUCUUUUAACAAACAAAGUUCAUUAGCACGUCAUAAAUAUGAACAUUCAGGCGUUCGACCGUUUAUUUGUGAUAUUUGUACAAAAGCAUUCAAACAUAAACAUCAUCUUGCUGAACAUCGUCGUUUACAUACUGGUGAAAAACCGUUUCAAUGCACGAAAUGUUUCAAACGCUUCAGUCAUUCAGGCUCAUUCAGUCAACACAUGAAUCAUCGGUAUAAGUAUUGUCAUCCAUAUCAAACCGAUGGUGGAGAUGAUGAUUCGAAUCCACCGGAAUCGAUGGAUGAAUAA